GAGGCGGAGUAGGGCUGCCCACCCAAAAGUGGCGGUUUAUUGGAGGCGGUUACCUUGGUGUCCCAGGAGUUUGAGUCCCUAGCGAGCUGCCAUUCUUUACCCCGCCGGUGCUACCUCAGCAGGAGUGCGACCCCAGUGCCUCAGAAGCGGGCUUUUAUCUGGUCCGGGACUCCCCGCCAUUUAGCGCUUCCCCCCAUAUCCGGAUACCGAUUAUUUGGACUCUGCCUCAGACCCAGGAAUCGCAGAUGCCAGGGAGUAUGGCCCCUCUCAGGAAGCCUCGAAAUACAAGGGUGCCCCUGGCUUUAAACCCCCUGAAGAGCAAGGACGUGCUGGCAGUGCUGGCUGAAAGGAACCAGGCUGUAGUACCAGUUGGGGCAUGGGUGGAACCUGCCUCGCCACAUAGUUCGGAAAUCCCAGCAUAUACUUUAGCAUAUAAGAUUGAAGAAGAACUAAAGGAACAGCUAAGGAAAAAACAAGAAGCUUUGAAGCAUUUUCAGAGACAAGUCAAACACCGAGUAAAUCGACAAAUUAGACUGAGAAAAAAGCAACAACUUCAGAGGUCUUCUGAAGCUGCAGAAAAAGAAGAUUCCAGGGUCAUGAAGUCUUCAGAUCCAAUACACUUAACUCCUAAAAGAACAAGUGUUUUUCCAAAAAAAUUGAAUGCUGCUAUUGGAAAUGUUAGCUUACUGUCUUCCCAGAGGCUUUGGGAUGGAAUAGAAGACAGAGAGAAUCAGAAUGAGUUAUUUCAACAAGCCCAGCCUCUUAGGCAGUCCAUGAAACAAGCACGUCACCGACUGGCAUCCUUUAAAACAGUGAGUAAAAAAAAUGCAUCAGAGUCUCCAGAUAGUAGAAGGAAAAGCGUUUCCACUCAAGAGGAGCCUAAUUCUGAAGAAUAUUCAUCGGCUAUGAUAAAGGAGAAAGAGAGAGAGAAUUUGUUUUGGAAAUAUCAGAAGGAUCACCUUCCUGAAGACAACAUACCUUCUAGCAGAGUUCAGAAAGUGCAGUUCAAAAGCCCAUUAUUUGCUGUGAUGGAAGAAGAAAAGCUAAAACAAUUACAGUACCCUGAGGAUAUUCUCCCACAAACCCAGAACGAUUUUCCAGAAGCCAAAGGUGAUCUAGUAGAAACUGAGGGUGACUUAAUAGGAGUCCAGAGUGUUAAGCCAGAUACCCAGGCUAUUGAACUGGAAGAUCAAGCAGUUGUGCCCAAAACCCAGACCAUUGAACCUGUUAAUGAAGCUGUUAAAACAGAUACUCGUGGUAUUAUGCCAGAAGCCCAAGCUAGUGAACUAGAAGAUGGCAGAAUUAUGCCGGAAGUUGAGGAUUUUGUACCCAAAGACCAGCAUGUUCUCUCCAGUGAUGAAAAUUUUCUAAUCCCAUGGCAGGACCAGGAUUUUCUACCUGAAGAUCAGAAAGCAUAUUGGAAGCAGCCAGCAUUAAUUGUGAUAGGUAGGGGAAAGAGGGAGGUAUUUCCUCUGGAUAUCCACCAGGAUUUUCUGCAUAGGCACAGAGAUCAUUCCUUCAUCAGGGACAAGAAUGUGUUUCUUGAGCAACCCUGGUAUUUUAUGAAAGAAGAGAGACCAAGAGAGGAAGUGCCUCUGGAGUAUCAUUACUAUGUUAAACCUAAAAUCCUGGACCAAGCCUCCCUUAGAGAUGAGCACAGAAGCUUUGGUUCUGCCGCUUGUAAUGUGACAAAUGAGAGCUGGAGAAAGGAGUUAUUUCCAGAGUGCCAUGAAUAUGUUUUACAUGCAAUGCAGGAUCCAUGCUCCGCCAGAGAGCAGAACUUGCGCCUCAGACAGCAGCCACCUGUUGGAAAAGUUGAAAGAUGGAGAGAAGAUCUGUGUCUGGAUGGCCGUCAGCCUCUUCCAUCUAAGCACCAGCGAGAGGUUUCCAGCAGAAGAAAGGUUUGUGAUGAAUAUCAAUCAAGAUUGAACACUAAAUUCCAGAAAACACUGGCACUUCAGUCUGGAGUAAAUCAAGAGGAAGACAGGAAAGAGCGUCAAAAGCAAUACCUGUGGUAUAGGCGACUUUUCAUGGAUAUUGAAAGAGAACAAGUAAAAGAACGACAAAGACAAAAAGAACUUAAGAAGAAAAUUGAAAAAAUUAAGAAAAAGAAAGAGCAGCAACGUUAUGCUGAAGAGCAAAGGAUACUACAGAUGAACUCUCAAGAAGAACCACAGUCAGGGGAGAAGAUGAGUGAGAUAUUAGCCCAGCUACAACUUGAGGAAAUGAAAGAAGCCAGAGAGAAACAGCAGAAAGAAAAGGAAUACCUAAGGUAUGUAGAAGCUUUAAGGGCCCAGGUACAGGAGAAAAUGCAACUGUAUAAUAUUACUUUACCUCCACUGUGCUGCUGUGGUCCUGAAUUUUGGGAUGCUCAUCCUGACACCUGUGCCAACAAUUGUAUGUUCUAUAAAAACCACAGAGCGUAUACUCGGGCUCUACAUUCAGUCAUCAAUUCCUGUGAUUUUCCUGAGGGGAGCUCAGCUCUUCGAGUAGCCAUUCAUAAUUUUGCUUCAGCACGCAGACGGACUUUGGAAAAUCUGUAAUAAGUAUCUGAAAUCAAUUGCUAGUAUUUCAGCCUUUCCUUAAAAUCAACCCUGAGAGACUAUUCAGGAAAGCUGUUGAAGUGUUUAAAAUGUAAUCUGGAAACGUCGGUCCCAUAUAAAAACUUUAUCUGUAAUGAGAUGGUAACCACUGUUGCAGCCACGCCAUGGGACCAGCAUGGAAAGCGGAUUUACAAGCUUAUCUCUUUGCUGUAAAUGAUAUGCAACCUGUUGUUUUAAAAAUGAUCAGUUCAGUAAAUUUUGUCUUACUUAACCCUGCUCUGAUAAAAAAAAGAUCAUGAGAAAUCUUUUAGAUUAUCUCAUCUUUCUAAAGCUGUAUCUUUGAGUCUUGACAAUAUUGAAAAUGUCUGGAUGAAGCUGAAAAGAAAAUGGUGAAGCAAAAUGAAUUUCCAACUGUCGGUGUCGUCUCUAUUGUGUUUUCUAGUUGUUUGUAACAAUGAGAGAGGAGAAGAAUCUGAAUUUGAUGCAUAUUUAUUGCCCUUUCCAUGGUCAGUGACAUUGGACAUAGAACUUUUUAAUUUUGUGACUUUUUAUUGCAAAUAAGGGUAAAUUUUCGUCUUUUGAGCAUCUUCUAUGUGAAAUAAUCGUGACAUUUCAAAAGUGAAUCUGAAUUCUAAAUAAACACCUACCUUUUUUCUCUUUUAAAAACCUGGUGAGGGCCUCCCCUGGUGGUGCAGGCGGUUGAGCGCCGCGCUGUGAAGCUAUCUGCAGCCUGCAGCACUGGUUCAAUCCUGGCCGGCCAGUGAGGGUCCCACAUGUCACAGCAGACCUCCUGUCGUGCCCACUGCUCCCCUCAGCAGUGUGUAUCAUCAGUCUGCCUGUUCUGUUCUCCACUCUGUCUCUGGUGAAUCCUCUCACCCUCCGCACAUCUGGCCUGUCCCCCAGUUCUUGUAUAAAUAAAUAAUUAAAUCUUUUUAAAAAAUAAAAACCUGGUGAAUGGUACAUCUAAAGAAUAGAUGAAAUAAAAUUUGCUAUAAUUAGUAUGAACUUGCUAUUUCUUAGUAUUUCCUGACACAAAAUAUGAAGUUAGUGUUAUGAAUUAAAGACAGGUAUAGAAAGUUUUUUUUUCCUACUUCCUCUAAUGUUCAAUGUUGAAGAAACCCUUAGGUUUUCUCAAGGAAUGCCUAAACAUCUAGCCAGUUCAUUGAAAAUAAGAGUCAAAAUGACCUGAAUGACAAAAUUGUCUGGUCAUUUAACAAGUUUAAUUAUCCUGUGCAUUCAAAAUCCUUAAGGUAACUGUAGCCUUGAUUCAGUCUUUAAGAGUUGUGUUUUUAUAACAGCUUUAUUGAGAUACAGCUUAUUGCAUACAAUUCAUCCAUUUAAAAUAUAUAAUUCAGUGGUUUUUAGUAUAUUCUAGGAUUAUGCAGCCAGCACCACUAUCAAAUGGAACACUUUGUUAAUAUAAAGAGAAGUACCCAUCACCCAGCAAUCCUAUCUGGAUAUAUACCCAAAAGAAUUGAAAGAAGAACCUCAAAGAAGGAA